GCCAUGGUAACAUUGCACCAACAUUACCAUGUCUUAAUCUCUUUUCUUCGCAGUUGUGUUGGAGCACAUUUCUGCCAUUUUUGUUGUUCUAAAUUUAAGUUUUUGGGGAGGUUUUCAUUUAGUCUUUUUCUGUAUUUUUGGUGUUUCAAGAAAACACAAAACAGUUUAAGCAAUGGAGUUGAUUGGACGCAGAUACAAAGGAAAGAUAAAACAUGGGAGGAUGGAAGGGUUUGGAGAAUAUACCUUUCCCACGGAUACUCAGUAUGUGGGAGAGAUAAAAGACGGGAAAUUUCAUGGCAAAGGCGUGCUGUACUUUACAAAUGGAAGUAAAUAUGAAGCCACCUGGGAGGAAGGCAUAGCUAUAGAAGGGACAUUUAUCUUCCCUGAUGGUCUGGAGUACCGGGACAAACACUGGGACUACUGUGAUGGUUAUGACAGGCGUUUCUACACUGAAAGAUGCUAUGGAUUCAUACCACCAGGAGAAACUCAGCUGACUAAUGUACACCCACCACCACUUAUCCCUGAUGGCUGCUACGAUUGUGCAGAUGGUUUCUAUGACCCAAAAAUCAGAGUCAUCACUUCCUACUCUGGCGAAUUCCUCAGAAAUGCAGAUGACCAUGAACAUGAGUGGAUAGUGAGCACUUGUCGCAGGGCUUGGGAUGUGCCUUUAACUGAUAUUCCUCUACAAACGUCUCGCAACCAGACCUGAGGAGAAGAGCAAGAUUGUCUUAAUAGUGCUUUAAAUUGUGCUAUUUCACAUAAACUGAGCUGUGGGGUUUUUCCUCUUUCUUUAUUUUACUCAAGACAUAGCUGAAUAAAUAAAAAGAA